AUGGACGGUCCGCCGCCUCCGCCCCCGCCUCACGGCGAAAACCCUCAUACGACUCAUGGCGAAUACCGCAAAUCCUCCGAUCUCCCCGAUGGGAACUACGAUAUAUUCAUUGUCCCUCCUCACUCUGCUGGCUCAGGUUUCCUAUACCUCCCGUCCUUGGAAUGCAAUCGCAACAGCUUCUUAGCCGGUGUGGCGAGCACACUUCUGGUCGUGGUGGUGUGGUCGCUGAUAUCCCCGAUUGUGAAGACAUGGUACCUUGCCACUGUCGCUACCGGCAGUGGUACAGGUAUGGCAGUCCUUGCGGUCGGGAUGGGCUUGGCUGGAUGGGCUGUUGGAUCGACUCAAUCCAACGGCUCGGGGGACAAAGGCAACGGUGCUCGAGGACGUUUCGGCUCUGGUGGCUCCGGAGGCCCAGGUGGCCCUGGAGCUGGCGGACCAAAUACCAAUCAACAGUCUUCGGGCGCCAACUACGGUCCCAACGGCGAGGGCCAGCAACGACAGCAACGUGGAAACUAUGGUGGAGGACAAAGUUAUGGUAACCAAUAUUCCGGUAAUCAACAUGGCUCUGGUCCUCCUCCAAAUUCUGAUAAUAACACUCGUCAAAAGGAGGAGGCUGAACAGCGCGCCCGAGAAGAAAGGGCCAAGGCGGAGCGGGCCAAGGAGGAGAAGGCCAAGGAGGAGCGAGCGAAGGAAGAACGUGCCAGAGAGGAAAGGGCCAGAGAAGAGAAGGCUAGAGAGCAGCGGGCCAGAGAGCAAAGGGCCAGGGAAGAGGAGGCCAGAGCGGAGCGUGCUAGGGAACAGCGAGCUCGGGAGGAACGCAUCAGAGAGGAGCGUGCUCGAGAAGAGCGAGCACGGGAGGAUAAGGCAAGAGAAGAACGCGCUCGACAAGAGCGUGCUAAAGAAGAACGUGCCAGGGAAGAGCGCGAAAAAGAACGCGCGAAGGAAGAAGCUGAGCGUGAGCGAGCCAAAGAAGAGACCAGGCGCAAAGAAGACCUGCGCCGGAAAAUGGAAGAGUUCAAACGCAAACGCGAUGCAGAAGCCAAAGAAAAGGAAAAGCAACGUGAGCGCGAAGCAUUGGAGAAAGAACUCAAGGAGCGUCGAGAGCAGCUCGAGAAGGAGAUGGCUGCCGCCAAAGCCGCGGCAGAGAAGGAAGCUCGCGAGAAAGCCGAAAAAGAAGCCGCAGAAGCCCGCGAAAAGCGCGCCAAAGCUGAGGCUGAGGCAAAAGCCAGAGCGGAAAGGCUGGAAGCAGCAGCCAAAGAGCGGGCUGCAAAGCAAGCUGCCGAGAAAGAGGCCGCUGCAAAGGCCGCCGCCCAAAAAGAGGCCAUGGCCAAGUUUGCGGCACUCAAAGAGGCUGCGAGCAAGAAGUAUGCCGAGAAAAUGGCCGAAGACGCAAAGAAAGAGGCUGCGGCCAAGUCACCUCCGCCCAAGCCAGCGAGUACUACCAACUUGCCUCGCACACCUUCCCCCAAGAAGUCAAAUCCCCCGGCAGCCAAAACCGCCGACGACGAUGCAUACUCCUUUCGUCCUUAUGACCGACCAAGACGACCCUACGUGGCAGGAGGUUCAGUAUACUCCGAAUCUUCAUAUGCGCCUUCUCACUCAACUGCGCGCACAACUCCACCCCCUUCUCAUCGCAGUUCAUACUCCACCAAGGAUCCAGACAAGAUCGUGAUCCAAGGAGUCUAUGCUUUCAACAACGCUUUCAUGAAAACUCCCAUUGCUCAGCUCGUAUCCGGGCAGGGCAUGAUCACCGACGGACUCGUCCUCCGCAUCACGACAGAAGGACUGUUCAUUGACGACGAUCUGCGCGGAAUUGGCCAGCGCGAGUGGGACGUCAAAGCCUGGACCCUCAAACUGGCUGAAGUCUGGUGUCCACAGGCCAACGCAUCCACAACUGCCAAACAGCCCUCUGGCAAUCCAUUUUCCUUCCGUCGUGGAAACAACGUUCCUACCAAUGAAGAGUCCGAGGCCUUUCUCGCCAAUAUACUCAAAGUCUGCAAGAACACUUGCCGUCUUGCUGCUCCCGGUGCGUGCUUCACGCGCGGGGCGACGGCCAGUCAAGAUGGUGGCGCUGCCAAACCAAGCGGUCUGCAUAUCCUCCGUGCGAGUGUGCGCGACCAAGAAGGCAAAAAAUAUGUCUUUGUCUUGCAGGACACCGAGGCCUGGAAAGUCGCCAUCGGGCUACAGAGGCUUCGGGCCGGCGCCCUGGUGCGUGCGCUCGGCGUCACUGCGCUGCCGGUCCCUGAAUGCAAGACCAUGCUCACUUCAUUGGGCUAUGCUUGA